CCCACAGCGAGCCCAGAAGAGGCGCAGCACAGCACACUCCUCCGGCACCGAGCCCUCCGCCCCGCCCCGCGCCCGACCCGAAACCCCAGCCGAUCGGCGGCGGCCGGCCGGCGGAGAUGUCGCUGACGGAGGUCAGGAUCGGCGAGGAGGUGUGGCUCACCUGCCUCUCCCACGCCCUCACCACCGAGACCGAGGAGGUCAUGGGCCUCCUCCUCGGCGACGUCGUGUCCUCCAGCAAGGGCGGCUCCACGGCGGUGAUAUGGGGCGCGUCGCCGCAGAUGAGGUGCGAGCGGAAGAAGGACCGCGUCGAGGUCAACCCCGAGCUGCUCGCCGCCGCGUCGGCGCAGGCCGAGGUAAUGACGGCCACCAUCGGGAAGACGACCCGGGUGAUCGGCUGGUACCACUCGCACCCGCAUAUCACCGUCCUGCCUUCCCAUGUAGAUGUGCGUACCCAGGCUAUGUUUCAGUUGCUAGAUCCAGGCUUUGUUGGGCUGAUAUUUUCCUGUUUUAGUGAAGAUGCUCAAAAGGUUGGGAAAAUCCAAGUGAUUGCCUUCCAGUCACUCGAUGGGACACAGAACACACAGCGUGCUAUUGUUCCUGUUAUUACCAAUCCUGUCAUUAACCUUGAACCAUCUUGGAGUUCAUCCGAUAGCUCAUUAGCAUUGAUUGAGGGCAUUGAACAGGACACUGGAGAUUCUAGAGCUUCAAACGGAAGCAAGGUCUGGGGAAGAUCUCAGGAUAUGGAUCUGUAUCCUUCUUUGGACACAAAUCAUUCGGCAAGACAUCUACCAAUAGAAAACGCUAUUGUUCCUUUCGAACCGGAAAACAGUGCUGGGCCCUCUAUUGAUCAAGAUGGUUCAGAUCUGUCCCCAAGCAUACAGGAGGCUUUGCACCGGUCAACCAUGGACAUAAGUGGUGCAGAGUAUAAAAGGAAGGAGGUGCCACUUAAAGUAUUCCCUACAAGGCAUCUGCUAAAGCUGGACACUACGUUGAGUUCGUACUGUGAUAUGCAGCGUGUCCUUUUUGAAGAGGAACAAUCAGCAUAUAACCAAGCCAUGCUUCAGAAUAUUUGUGAUGGGAAGAUGCACCCACUUACAUCUAUGCACCAUACCUCCACAUAUAAUGCUUCUCUAUGCAAACUGAUGGAAUACUGCUUGAGCCCUGCUAUAACUGUGCUUCAGGACCGUGUGAAAGAAAACGAACUUCGGUUAGCUAUGCUAGUGGAGGAGGCUAAACAACUGGAGGCCGAGCAGAGCACGAAAACUGGCUCUCCUCGCCGUGCGAUGCCCGGAGGGACUACCAGUGGCAUCACUUCGCCAAGGGGCCAGGACAAGUACCCUUCCGGCAGACAAGGGGGCCCUAUAAGCCCUAGCAGCAGCGGCCGGAGGAAGGCUCCUUGACUCGGACCUUGCUCGCCAUUAUGUCAUGAUGGAUAGUCCGAUUCUGGGCCCUGCCUGAUGCUUUCUGGAACCCCAAACCUGUCCCUUGGCGCGAGGGGUGAAGUCGCAAUGCAAAUGUACAUACCCAUCUCCUUUCAGCGCCUGGCCCGCCGUCCUUCUGUGGAAGUAACCAACCAACAGUGGUUCCCUUUUGCUUUGUGUUGUCCUUGCGCCAAAUCCUUUUGCCUGGUUGCGCUGAGCUUGUAAUGUGUACUCACUGACGCGACGAGUCUCGGGGCAGUGGUUGCGCUGAGCUUGUAAUGUGUACUCACUGGCGCGACGAGUCUCGGGCAGGCUUUCUAGUUGGAAGAAACUCUUGUACCAAUCCUGUUGUCGAAAUGUUCAGGGGAAGCCUCGCUUGCCUAA